UAAAUGAGGGGGCGGGGCGGCCCCGGGUGUGUGUCGGAGGCUCCCGCCAGCUGCAGCCAGAGGUGCUGAGUGCCGCCGAGCCCCGGCCCCAGCUGCAGCGCACGGGGCCGAGCCGAACCGAGCCCAGCCGGGCCCAACCGAACCCAAGCGGGCGGAGCCGGCGGCCGGCAGCCCCUGGUACAGCAUGGCCGAGCCGCCGGCAUCGACACCGGGCUCCGAGAGUGAGGAGGGCCCGGUGCGUUUUGCUCGGAAGGGAGCCCUGCGGCAGAAGAACGUCCAUGAGGUGAAGAACCACAAGUUCACCGCGAGGUUCUUCAAGCAGCCAACCUUCUGCAGCCAUUGCACCGACUUCAUCUGGGGCUUCGGCAAGCAGGGCUUUCAGUGUCAAGUUUGCUGCUUUGUGGUGCACAAGAGGUGCCAUGAGUUUGUUACCUUCUCCUGCCCUGGUGCUGACAAAGGUCCUGCUUCUGAUGAUCCCAGGAGCAAGCACAAAUUUAAAAUCCACACCUACUCCAGCCCCACCUUCUGUGACCACUGCGGCUCCUUGCUCUACGGGCUCAUUCACCAGGGCAUGAAAUGUGACACCUGCAUGAUGAACGUGCACAAGCGCUGCGUGAUGAACGUGCCCAGCCUGUGCGGGACGGACCACACGGAGCGCCGCGGGCGGAUCUACAUCCGCGCUGACAUCGAGAAGGACGUGCUCACCGUCGUGGUCAGAGAUGCUAAAAACCUCGUUCCUAUGGAUCCCAAUGGCUUGUCAGAUCCCUACGUGAAGCUUAAGCUAAUCCCUGACCCCAAAAACGAGAGCAAACAGAAGACCAAGACCAUCAAGUGCUCCCUGAAUCCUGAGUGGAAUGAGACAUUUAAAUUCCAACUGAAAGAGGCAGAUAAAGACAGAAGGUUGUCUGUGGAGAUCUGGGACUGGGACUUGACCAGCAGGAAUGAUUUCAUGGGCUCCUUGUCCUUUGGGAUUUCUGAGCUGCAGAAGUCAGGAGUGGAUGGAUGGUUUAAGCUGCUGAGCCAGGAGGAGGGGGAGUAUUUCAACGUCCCAGUGCCUCCUGAGGGAGAAGAAGGAAAUGAGGAGCUGAGGCAGAAGUUUGAGAGGGCCAAGAUUGGAGCAGGGUCCAAGGCUGCAGAUGAGAAGACCACAAAUGCCAUCUCCAAAUUCGACAACAACGGCAGCAGAGAUCGGAUGAAGCUUUCGGACUUCAACUUCCUGAUGGUGCUGGGCAAAGGCAGCUUUGGGAAGGUGAUGCUGGCUGAGAGGAAGGGCACAGACGAGCUCUACGCCGUGAAGAUCCUGAAGAAGGAUGUCGUCAUCCAGGACGACGAUGUGGAGUGCACCAUGGUGGAGAAACGUGUCCUGGCUCUCUCUGGGAAGCCUCCCUUCCUGACACAGCUCCACUCCUGCUUCCAGACCAUGGACCGCCUGUACUUCGUGAUGGAAUACGUCAACGGUGGGGACCUGAUGUACCAGAUCCAGCAGGUUGGGAGGUUUAAAGAACCCCACGCUGUAUUCUAUGCAGCAGAAAUUGCCAUUGGCCUCUUCUUCCUGCAGAGCAAAGGCAUCAUUUAUCGAGACCUGAAGCUGGACAAUGUGAUGCUGGAUAGUGAGGGGCACAUAAAGAUCGCUGACUUUGGCAUGUGCAAGGAGAACAUCUGGGAUGGAGUGACCACCAAGACCUUCUGUGGCACCCCAGACUACAUUGCACCUGAGAUCAUUGCUUAUCAGCCCUAUGGGAAGUCUGUGGACUGGUGGGCGUUUGGAGUCCUGCUCUAUGAGAUGUUGGCUGGCCAGGCUCCCUUUGAGGGAGAAGAUGAAGAUGAGCUCUUCCAGUCUAUCAUGGAGCACAACGUAGCCUACCCCAAGUCCAUGUCCAAGGAGGCAGUGGCAAUCUGCAAAGGGCUGAUGACCAAGCACCCUGCCAAGCGGCUGGGCUGCGGCCCGGAGGGGGAACGGGACAUCAAGGAGCACGCCUUCUUCCGCUACAUCGACUGGGACAAGCUGGAGCGCAAGGAGAUCCAGCCGCCCUUCAAGCCCAAGGCUAAGGACAAACGAGACACCUCCAACUUCGACAAGGAGUUCACCCGGCAGCCGGUGGAGCUGACUCCCACGGACAAACUCUUCAUCAUGAACUUGGACCAGAACGAGUUUGCUGGAUUCUCCUACACUAACCCCGAGUUUGUCAUUAACGUGUAGAGCGGCGCCGCCGCCGCCUCCCGCCCUCUCCUCGCCAUCCCAAGCUCCAGAUCUCCUUGUACAUACCAACAGUAGUCUUCCGGGGUUAGCAGUGCAGACACACAUCCCCCACUGCUUCUUUAGGAGCCUGCCCAUGUCUGUGUCACUCGCUAGCUUGGUUUCCCUCGCUGGAGGUGGCUGGGGGUCGGGGUAAGAGGCAGUUGUGCUUCGAGGAUAUCUGGUUGGUGGUGAGCGGAACAGGCUGCCCAGGGAUGUGGUUGGGGUCCUGUCCCUGGAGGCUGAGGCUGUUUAGUCUGGGGAAGAGAAGGCUGAGAGUGGAUCUGAUCAGUGUCUAUAAAUAUGAGAGGUGGGUGCCAGGAUGAAGGUGCCAGGCUCCUUUCAGUAGUGCCCAGUAAUAGGCAAGGAACAGUGGGUACAAGCUGGAACACAGAAGGUUCCGCCUCAACACGAGGAGAAACUUUGCUGUGAGGGUGCAGAGCCCUGGAGCAGGCUGCCCAGAGAGGUUGUGGAGCAUCCUUCUCUGGAGGCUUUCAAGACCCAUCUGGAUGUGUUCCUGUGUGAACUGCCCUAGAUGAUCCUGCUUUGGCAGAGGGGUUGGACUGGAUGAUCUCCAGAGGUCCCUUCCAACCCCUACCAUUCUAUGGUUUAAGAUCAGACCUGAAGUGACCUUGGGCAGCCUGAUCCAGUUGGAGGUGUCCCUGCUGCCCACAGUGGGGGGGUAGGGGGGUUGGACAGGUUGACCUUUGAGGGUCCCUUCCAACCUGCUGCAAUCUGUGACUCUGUGACCAAUAGAGGUUCUUGGAAACAGAAAGCAUCCCAAACUGCUGCAGUCCUUGUGACUCCAGGAGAUGGGAUGCUGAGAUCCCCGUGACCCUCGCCGCCCACCAGUCGUGUCUGUGGAAUGCUAAGCAUGGUUGAUAUCUUAAAGCCUUGUGCCGAAGCUUGCAAUGACUGUGAGCUUGUCUUAGAGGAGCCUUUUGUUCCAGACAUGGAUACCUUUGGUCAGUGUGGAAAAGUCUGCUUAUAGACAUCUAUUUUUCAAUGCAUUGUAUAUAGGAUCCACCUGGCUCCUUCACCCCACCCUGCACGCCCACCCCUCGCCAUCAGCCCUUCCUACUCUUGCCCGCCCCCUCCCCUCACCCCCACGCCCAGACCAGUUCCAUUCCUCCACUUCUUGUAAAUGGGAGCAACUCCUUUUUUUUUUUUCUAAGAGAAAGUUGGGGCUUUUUUUUUUAACAUCUGGAACAGUUUGCAGUUUUGAUACACUCCGUCAGCACCCUCAUCAACCUUCCUCCCGGCUCUCCGCGGCCGCUGGUGGAAGCAAAGCAGCUCUGGGAGGGAUCUUAACCUUCUAAGCAAAACAAAGCCACCUUUGUAGUCUGGGGUUUACAAUUCAGCACCUGGAAACGCGCCCUGCUGCACCGGGGCUGCACUGAGGGCUAUUUGUAAAAGCGACUUUUCUACUUCCCACCCUCUGCUCUUAUCUCAAAGCCUCCACACCCAUCGGUUUCACCACGGGCAUCUCGAUUUACCUGGCUGCAGCCAGAAUUCCUGGGGCUUUAAUUCAGCGAUUCCAGGACCUUCCGCAUCACCUACCAAAUUCGAAGGCAGGAGAGACAAUUCCAGCAGGUGGUCGUAAGGCAGCUGGGCUGUGCCGUGCUGUGCCGCAGCAGUGCCCUGCGAGAGGGCUGGGGCUGGCAGGAGCAGGCAGGAGGGGGAGAGAGAUGGAAGGAGGUAGCAGAAGUAGGCAGAGGUGGACAGGAGCAGGCAGGGAUGGGUAAGGAGCUAGCGGGAGCAGGCAGAGAUGGACAGGAGAAGGCAGGGUCAAGCAGCAUCAGAGAGAAGCAGGUUGGGGUAGGCAGGGAUGGGCAGGAGCUGGCAGGAGUGGGAGAGAUAGAAGGAGCAGGCAGGGGCUGGCAGAAGCAGGUAGGGAUGGGCAGGGUCAGGCAUCAACCUGACAGGGAAGAGGCAGGAGUGAGACACAUGGAAGGAGCUUUCAGGAGCAGAUGGGAUGGGCAAAGACAAGCAGGAGCUGACAGGGGUGGGCAGAGUUGGGCAGGAGCAAGCAAGAGCAGGUAGCAGUGGGCAAGAAGAUGGCAGAGAAAGACAGGAGCAAGCAGGAACUCUCUGUCAGCACCCAGGCUGAGCUCACAGCAGGGUGAGCACCGAGUGGGCAUCUCUGGGCUACCCUGGCUGUUGCCCCUGUCUGACACACCGGUGUGGUGGGUUUGCAGAUAACACCUCCCCCUCCUCCCCCGGGGGUGUCCUGACCCCCAGUAGUUCCCCUGUAAAUAGAGUUGACUCCAGGGAGUGGGGGGCACAGGGGUGGAAUGCUGUGAGUCCCAAGGAAUCCUAGGGGGCAGUCCUGGUUUCUAGGCCUUUUCUAAAUGUCAAACUCUACCUUGGGAAAUUGUUUUCUUCUCUUACUGAUGCAUUGAGUCAAAAAACUCAACAAGGCCGCUGGAAGCUGCUGUCCCACUUGGUGGGGAGCAGCUGGCUGGGCAUCCUCUCCCAAUUGCUAAAUGGGAGGUGGGCAGAGUGCCAGGCACACUGGGGCUGGGAGCUGAGAGUCCAUGGCCUCGGGUCCUGACCUGGGCUGAGGGAAACAAAACCAAACCCAGAAAAACUGCAAAUUGUGCCAGAUUGGCGAGGGGGUUAUGAGUGGCUCUGCUCCAGAUAAAGCCCAGGGGAGCCUCCCUGGAGGGCUGGGUUCUGCUGAGGGCUCUCAUAAGGCCAGCAGAGGUUUCAGAAGACAUCUCACCAUCCUCUGCAGACCACAGCUGCUGUUCAGAGCAUGUACCCUACUGUGACCUCCCCCCCUGCUGCUGCAGAAUUAGCAUCCCUUCAGUGCUGAAUGUUUGUCAUUUAUGUGUCUCCUGAAGCUCUGAAGCUGCUCCCAGGGUCUGUCCAGGAGGAUGCUGUCAGGUCUCUGGUGCCAAGGUACCCCUGCCAGGGCUGUGGUGACAUGGAAGGGCUGCUGGGGGGGGGAGUUAUGUCUUUUCUGUCUGGGAUUUGUGUGUGUGUGUUGGGGUGAUGACACCGCUGCAUGGAGCAGGAGAUGCUGCACAGCACUGUGAGCUGGGACACCUUGGGUGGGCCCAUGGAAAAGCCAGGCUGGCACAUGGCCAUGCUCAACUGGGUAAUCUCCAUGGCAUCCUUGGGAGCUGCAGGGUGGGGAUCCAUGCUCCAGGGAAAGAUCCAGCUCUGCAGGGUUGCAAUCCAUGCUCCAGGAAAAGACCCAGCUCUUCAGGGUUGGAAUCCAUGCUCCAGGGAAAGAUCCAGCUCUGCAGGGUGGGGAUCCAUGCUCCAGGGAAAGACCCAGCUCUGCAGGGUAAGGAUCCAUGCUCCAGGGAAAGAUCCAGCUCCUAAAAAAGGCCAGGUCCUGUUUGUAGGAUGCACUCUGAGCACAUCCGAUGUUCCCUGUCCUGCUCCAGUAUUGCCAACCCCCUUCCUUUCCGGGUGACCUGUCCCUGGUGUGGUGGAGCAGGCACAGGGACGUAGCUGCCCUGCCAGGCGCUGGGAUGGCUCCAGCUGCAGGGAAGGGCUGAGCAGCAGCAGCUGACUCAUGUUUGCUGUAAUUUGAUGAUUUAAUCUUUGCUCCCGGCUGGGGAAAGCAGCUCUUCAGGAAGCUGCUCAGAGCUGGCAGGCUCCAGGAGAACCCUGUUAAGUUGUUCCCCAGGUGCUCUGGGAGACCCCAGAAGAUGGUACCUGAGCCAGUGCUGUAGGGACAAGGGGACAGAGUGAGCCAGCAACAGUGAGGCAGGAGAAGGAGGCUGAUGGGGACAGAGGAGGCUUAUGGGGUGCAUCCUGACUGCUUGCUGCCCACUGGAGUGAGGUUUGGCUGCAGGCUUGGUGUCCCACACUGAGCAGUAGGUCCAGUGGUGGCAGAGGGGACCCACAGCCCUGUGCCCCAGCAGGAUGAGGACAAAGCAGAGCCUAGAGGCAGGACAUGCAGUCAGCCCAGUCCUGGCUCUGAACACUGCAAGUAAGUGGGAUCCAGGACCCCCAGGUGGUUCCCUGUGGGACAGGAUGGAUUAGACAAUGUCCUCCACCUCAAGACUGCCUUCACUGCUGGUUGGUGGCUGCAGUGGGCAGCAGAACCUGCCCCCAGCCCCGGUACAGGCUCUGCAAAGAUGACCAUGGGCUGUGUGGAGAUGGCACAGGGCAGGGCUGAGGCUCCAGGAGGUGGAGAAAUAACCUUUUGGCAUUUACCCACUGGCUGAGGAUUUCUACCCCAGUGCUGGUGUUUGGGAGCAUGCCAGGAUUCUGUGGAGCAGGGGCAGAUUCUCAUUCCUCUCUGGAGAGGUUAGAGCUGCAAACACUCCCUGACCAUGCUGGAGUCUUUCAUUUGGAUGUGUUGCCAAAGAAAAGGACAGAGGACUGUGGCUGUUUGUAUCUGUGGUCUAAACUGCAGCCCAGCUUGAGUGGGGAGGCUGCUGGAGAGCUUGCAUGGCACCUGGGUAUGGUGGAAGAGCAAAAGGAAUGGAAGAGAGCCCAAGUAGGGUCCUGCCUGGAGCCAGGGGCAGAGCCAGGGCUGGCAGCUUGGGCUUAGCCUGAGGACUUGCCCAGUGCUGGUGAAGGGCAGGCUCUGUGGAGGGCUGUGGGGCUAUGGGUUGGUGUGGGUGAUCAGAAACCCUGAUCCACCUGAGCUCAGCUCUCCUGGAGCUUCUGCUUGGGGCAGAGCUGGUCCUGACCCCGUAGCUCAGGGCAAAUCUGUGCCAGGGCUCUCCCAGCACUGGUAUAGCUGUUCACCAGCCAGUGGGUGCCAGGGGAUGGCCCCAGUGCAAUGCCAUUUGUACAUGGCACAGGGAACCUCCUCCUGCUGCUGCUCUUACCUCCUCUGGCUGGACAUUUGUGCAGCCUUCUCUUGGUAAGAGAGCCCCCACCAAAGGAGCUGGUUGGUGAUUCCUCAUCAGCUUCAGCCAGGUAAUAAGUGCAGGGCUGCAGAGGGGCCAGCUCGUGUGGGUGGGUCUCAGAGAUGAGGAGGUGAGUGCCCUGGGCAGCAGCUGGGCUCUGGGGGCUGUGAAUCCCAGGAGCUCUCAAACAAGUGAAGCACCAGGGUGCUUUCUAGCACAGAGAGCCAGGAUCUAGCCCUUCUGGCUUACAUCUGGAGGGUGGAAUGAGCUCACACGGAAAGUGCUGCAGCUCCUCUGCUUUUGCAGAGGCACCAAGCCUGCCACAGCAGAAGCAGCAAGCGACAGGCAUCUUGCUCCAUGCACGGCAGUGUCAUCCGAGCUGUUUACUUCUGAUCACCUUCACAGUGGCAGUUAAAACAAGGAAACAAACCAGAUAAUGUUUGUUGUUGGGUUUGUGUUUGUGGAUUUGAUUUCACCUGCAAGUAUCUGAUGACUUUUCUACAUCCUAGACUCCCCGCUGUGUGUUGUCAGAAGAGUCUCAUCCAGACCUCCUUUUAGCUGGGCAUAUACUCUGGAUUCUAUUUGCUGCAUGUGUGAAGAAAAGAAAUAAACCCUAUAAUUUUAAAGAAA